CGACACUAUUUGCCUAAAUCACAUGAAGAUAUUUCGCUCAUGAUUGCAAUGUUUGACUCUGGCGCCCGUAGAAUCGUCGACUGGUAACUCUGUUUCUCUAUCUGGCUCUCAGCUUCGACGCGACCCCCUCAGCUGGCAUUGAGAAUGCGCUAAGCUCUUCACCAGUCGCUUGUUCUGCUGGAUUCGGGACUAGGUCUUUGCCGAUUCACUACGACAAUGGAUUUUUCGUGGACACCUUUCUUGACCUUUUCACCAGUGGAAGGAACAACUGCAAGUGGUUUGAAAAUGUAUCUCGUGGAGAACAAAGUAGGAGCCAUAGCAUGCAUGCUGCUUUCCCUCUUCUUCUUGGGAACGUGGCCUGCCAUCUUCACUUUUCUGGAAAGGCGAGGCCGCCUUCCGCAGCAUACUUAUCUGGAUUACAGUGUCGCCAAUCUCCUGGCAGCUGUAGUCAUUGCCUUCACUCUCGGGGAGAUAGGCAAGGGCACCACAGAUUCGCCUAAUUUUCUGGAUCAGCUUUCUCAGGAUAAUUGGCCAUCCGUUCUGUUUGCUAUGGCAGGUGGAGUGCUCCUCAGUCUUGGAAAUCUUGCCACACAAUAUGCGUUGGCUUUGGUUGGUUUAUCAGUGACAUUAGUGAUCACUUGCAGCAUGACUGUUGUUAUAGGCACAACUGUAAACUACUUCUUGGAUAACAGAAUCAACAGUGCAGAGAUUCUUUUCCCUGGAGUUGGUUGCUUUGUCAUUGCAGUUUGUCUGGCCUCAGCUGUUCGUGCAUCGGAUGCAGAUGAUAACAAAAUGAAGCUCAACCAGUCAGCUCUUGGCAAUGUUGAUGCCAAGAUUUCAAGCUUUUCUGCCUUGAAAGGAGUACAUCAAAACUAUGAAGAUGAGGAAAAUGCCAGUGGUUUAGCUGGGACAGUGGAAGUAGGGACAGCAGAUUUUCUGAUUGAGCUCGAGAAUCAAAGAGCAAUUAAGGUUCUUGGGAGGAACACUUUUUCUGGUCUAGGAAUAGCUUUCUUUGGUGGUGUCUGCUUUGCUCUUUUCUCACCUGCUUUUAAUUUGGCAACAAAUGAUCAGUGGCAUACUUUGAAGGAGGGUGUUCCUCACUUGACGGUUUACACCGCAUUUUUUUACUUCUCAAUAUCAUGCUUCAUUGUUGCCGCUGUUCUGAACGUCAGCUUCCUCUACCACCCUAUUCUUGGUUUACCCGGAUCAUCAUUCGAAGCUUAUGCAAGUGACUGGAAUGGAAGAUGUUGGGCUCUUUUAGCUGGCCUUUUGUGCGGAUUUGGUAAUGGCCUCCAAUUUAUGGGAGGCGAGGCUGCCGGAUAUGCUGCUGCAGAUGCUGUUCAGGCACUCCCACUUGUUGGCACUUUUUGGGGCAUACUUCUGUUUGGGGAGUACCGCAGAUCAUCGAGGAGAACGUAUGUGCUGCUCGUCAGCAUGCUGGUCAUGUUUAUCGUGGCUGUUGCGCUUCUCAUGGCGUCAGCGGGACAACGCAGCGUGAGCGCAAGUGCCUAGCUCUUCCCAACACUCGGCGUCUACGAUAAACGAUGAUCGCAUUUGAUAUUGCAUGGUGGUGAAUUCCCCGGUUAAUAGAGCAGUGGAAUCGCACACGAGUUCGUGUCGAAGCUCAUACCAAAUGGAACUGGAUUCCGGAAACUGGGUGAAAGGAUCAUCAUUUUUGACCAGGAGAAAUGGAAGGAAGUUCAGACUUUGGGAUGUAGAGAUCAAGGAAUUUCCUAGCUCUCUAUCGGCAACGAACAUCCGACGCCCGGGAACUGAAUGCAUUUGGUUGAUUUCCUA